AUGGAAUCGCCCAUUCCAAAAUGCAUUCCAUUCCCUCUAAAUCAUUCCAUCUCUCCCCCGUGUUUUUUCCAUUCCAUUUCAUCUUCACCCUUCAUUAACAAUACCACAACCCACUACCAUUGCACCACCCACCAACACUGUCAUCCGCCGCGUCACUCACCUUCGCCGCCACCCGCCACCGUCGUCGCCGCCACCCACCUCCAUCCCUGCCACUGCUGUCGCCGCCAUCCACCAUCGCUGUUGCCACCUCCGAUCACCGCCACCACCCACCUGCGAUCAUCGCCGCCACGGUUGCCGCUGCCACCUCUGAUCACCGCCGUCGUCGCUACCCACCUCCGCCAUAGCUAUCAACCACCACCACCACCUCUACCACCUGCCACCACCGUCGUCGCCGCUACCAACGCUGCCACCCACCUUCGCCGUCACCCACCACCACCGUUGUCACCACCGUCGCCGUCUCCAAUCGUCGCCAUCUCCAAUCGCCGUCGUCUCCACCCACCACCACCGCCGCCACUACAACUGCCACCUAGCACCACCCACCAUCGCCGCCCAUCAUUGACCACCGCCAUCUGA